AUGUCAAAUAGAUUGGAAUCAUUAAAUUCAAAAAAGCCAAACACCACUAAUAAACCAGGCUUAAAAUUUAAACCAAAAGUAGUUCAAAGAAAGUCAAAAGAAGAACGAGCUAAAGUUGCACCUCAAGUUAAACAAGAACAACCAAAAGCUUUACCUACAAGGGGUAGAGGUGGAGCAAGAGGUGGUCGAGGCGGCAGAGGCGGUCGAAAUAACUAUGCAGGCACACACUUAGUGACAUCUGGUCCUUUAUCUGCUGGAUCAGUAGCAAUUGGGAAUCCAAGUGGUUCAAAGCUUGGAUUAACAUCAGAUUUAAUAUAUAAUAGUUCAGGAGAAAAUGUAUCUACUAAUGAAUUCAUUAAUAGUUUGAAAGUAAAGGAUCGUAAAACGAAAUCACUAACACCAGGUGCUAGUGAAUCAGAUGAUGAAGAUGAUCCAACAAAAAUUAAUAUGACGGAGCAUUACAGAUAUGAAGAUGAUGUGACAUCAUUGUUUCCUUACAGACCAUUUAGAGACGAUGGAAUCCAAAGAGAAACUGAAGAUGUUAAUGAAGAAAAACCAAUCAAGAUUGAACAAAUAGAAUCCAAUACCCCUACACCAGCAGCUUUAUCAAUUACUAGAGAAAACACAGAAGCUAUUGAAGAUAAAAUAGAAUUAAUUAAAGAAAACAAAGCAAAACUUGAAAGCAAGAUUACUCAAAGUGAUUCGAUUAUAACGGACGAAGCAAGUAAAUUAAUAACGGAUCAUGAGCAAAUAGUUAAUUUAUUAACUGGAAAUUUGAAAAAUUUAACAACUGAAGAAAAUGAUGAUGAAAAAUAUGUUUUAUUUCAAUUACCAGAACAUUUACCUGAUUAUAAACGAAAAUCGAGUAAAGUGAAAUUAGAAAAUGAUGUUGAAAUGCUGAAGGAUGAAGAGACUUUAAAAGGUCAAAUAGGAACCGUCAAUAUUCAUCAAUCCGGUAAAAUAACAAUAGAUUUAGGUAAUGGCAUUAGAUUGAAUGUAACCAAGGGAUCAUCCACAGAUUUUUUACAAGAGUUAGCUGUCUUAGAUUUAAAUCAAGAUUCUAAUGAGAACGAGGAUAUUCAAAUGAUUGAUGAUAGUGGAAGAGAAAUGUUGGGUAAACUAGUUAGACUAGGUACCGUGAGUGAUAAAAUAAUAGCAACUCCAUAUUUUAUGUCUGAGUCAAAUGAAAGUUUACAAGAUACUACUUUUAACGUCCAAGGGAAAAUCAUCCUAUCGAUUGAUUAUCUAAGAGAUACUCUAGGAAUUACAUGCUUAGAUGUUGGAGGUAAGAAAUUAUACAUUUAUGAAGAUUUUCAAAUUUGCAAUCCAAAUUCAUAUAUUGAAGCAGUCAUCGAUGAAUUGAAACCAAAUCUUUUAUUCAUAUCAUCCAGGUUAUCUGAUAAAACCAUAUCUUUCAUAAAAACCUUAGAAUCAUUAUAUGAGUUUGAAGUUUCCAUAAAAGCUGUAGCUGAUUUUGUAAAAUUUGAUGUACAAUCAGUAGUUAGUUCAUUCAAUACAUAUUUAGGAGGUAUCAAAUCGAAAUUAUUCUCAGAUUUAGCUGUAUCUUCACCAUUUUUCAAAUUGGGAACUGGAACCUUGAAUGCAUUAUAUCUUGGAAUUUCCGAGCACAUAUCCGAAUUAUCUAUUGCAGAAAUGAUUGAUUCCCUAGAAUUAUGUAAUUUUAAAAAUAGGCUAUUCAUAGACGUCGAUCUGAUGUAUGCACUUCAAAUAUUACCUGACCCCCGUGAAAAACUAAAAGCACAUUCAAAGUCUCAAAAAUUAUCAUUAAGUGAUUUAAUUAAUUUUACGGUUACACAAGAAGGUUAUCGUUUGCUUUUGGAUUGGAUUAGAAAGCCAUUAGCUGAUUUAGAAUUAAUUCAAGAUCGUCAACAAUUGGUUCAAUUAUUGUCUUAUCCAGAAUUUAAUGAGAGAAGAAAGCUGAUAACUAGAAUGUUAAAACAAAUUCGAGGUCUGUUUGUCAAAAUUAAAAAGAUUAGAAGUAAUGAAAUUUCAUGGAGUAAUUGGAAAGCUUUACUUUUGUUUUUGUCCAACUCAAUGCUGAUAUCAAAAUUAAUGAAAGAAUAUAUUUUCAAAAAUUCAACUACUAUUAAAGAAUCAUUGAAAGUCAGUUCAUUGUUAGAUGACGAUAUCUUCGAAUUUCAAAAAUUGAAUAAUUUUUUAUUGGAAAUUAUUGAACCUGAAUCUUCAGCCGAAGAAGGAAGAGUGAAAAUUACGAAUGGAGUUGAUGAAGAAUUGGACAGGCUAAUAAUAGUCAAUAAUAACAUUGAAGAAAUAUUAAGAGAUUGUACUCACCAACUUAGAGAAUUUUAUUCAAUUCAAGAUUGUAACGCGAUUUAUAUUCCACAACUUGGUUUUUUAAUUUCGAAAUCUGAAGAUGAGUCGAAAGAUGAUGUUCCGCAAGAUUGGCAACUAGUUUUUGCUACUCCAACUAAUUCAUAUUACAAGACCCAGGAAGUUGAACAUUUAGACGAACAAUAUGGAGAUGUACAUACAAUGAUCAAUGAUAGGGAGAUUGAAAUAGUUCAAGUGUUACAAGAGGAAGUAAUGAAAUAUGAAACACUAAUUGAUAUGGUUAUUGAAGCUUUGGUUGAACUUGAUUGCUUAUGCUCAUUGAGUUUAGUUUCAGAAUUUCCAGAAUAUACUUUCCCCACGUUGACUGACGGAUAUGAUUUGUUCAUUGAUACUGGAAGACAUCCUUUGGUUGAAACUAAUCUGAAUAUAUUUAUACCCAAUAGCAUUGAUUAUCAGACAGAAAAGAUAACCAUUAUUACCGGAGCAAAUUUUUCAGGUAAAUCAGUUUAUAUUAAUCAAGUUGCAUUGAUUGUGGUGUUGGCACAAAUAGGAUGCGCUGUUCCUGCUAAAUCAGCACGCAUUGGAGUUGUUGAUAAAUUAUUGACUCGUAUCCUGUCUCGAGAAAGUUUGGAAAAACAACAAAGUACAUUUGCAAUUGAUAUAAAUCAAUUGUCAAAAUGCAUUUCACUUUGUACUGAUAGAUCAUUAAUAAUUAUCGAUGAAUUUGGUAAAGGGAGUGAUUCAAUUGACUCACCUGCAUUAUUUGGAGGAGCAUUGGCUUAUUUUGCUAAUUUAGCUGAUUGUCCAAGAUGUUUAAUGUCAACUCAUUUUCAUGAAUUAUUCAGUAAUAAUGUUAUUAUGGACAAAUUAUCAUCAUCAAAAGUGAAAUAUAUUACCACUGAGAUUGAAUUGAAAAAGUCAAACAAUAAAGUGGAAGAUAUUACAUAUUUAUAUAAAGUGAAACCUGGAAUUGCUAGAGAAAGUUUUGGAAUAUAUUGUGCUAAAACAUGCGGUAUUCCAAUGCACAUAAUAAACAAGGCUGAAUACUUUGCUGAGAAAUUAGAGGAAGGUACAGAUAUUAGAUAUCGUUAUGAAAUUUUUGGAUUUCGAUUUUGCAGAAGAAAGUGA